AUGGCCAAACCUGUCCGGACGCAGGUGGCUUCAUUACCAGUCGAUAGAAGCCUUUCAGACGCCCAUGGAGGAGGGGGAGAUGGCCAGCACGUCCGCUAUACUAUUUCCUUCUUCGCAUCUCGCAAACGAGUCUUAGAUUUACCCAACCCUUUAGAUCAGCGGAUCUUCUUUGAUGAGCAGAGACCAACCCGGUUUUACGCCUUGUCUUUCGGGGGAUUUCCCAUCAGUCACCGAGUGGACGUACAAUUUCAUCAGUUGAUCCGACUUCUUCCGAACUCCAAUCAGAAUCAAUCGGAUUUACUCGGAUCAUCGUUCUUCACCGAUGUUUAUGACACCCCAAUGAAGCUGACAAAUCGACACAAUGAAAUUCUUAUUCCGCUGAAGGUGGAUGACAAUCCUCGACGAUGGUGUUCAACGUCCGAGUAAUAAUAAGGUACCACUGCCGCUACUCUGGGGAGAGAAGGGGGUUGG